UUCAUCGUGGCGCCGUACAGUGCCGCAGCUCAGCUUUCCUAUCUUGCCAAGGGCUCCAACCCCGUCAUCGAUGCAGUCUUUGGGCCCUCUGAAGCACUUCUCUUCGACAUCGACAAACUAAUCACACGGAUGGAUAUCGAGUCUUCUCAGUUUUUCUGGGUUACCAAACAAACCUGCCAAGAUGAAAUGGGUAGGCUAUCAAAUGAGCAGUUCCUGGAUUUCUGCCUUUUAUUGGGCUCAUCGUUCCUGCGAACUUUCCCGGGCUUCGAAAACCCAACAUUUCCGGGAAAGAGCGUCAGCGUUCGUGAUGCUCUUCCGAUAUUCAACCAAGCGGGCCGAAAUGCACUGGCUCUAUGUGCUCAGUUCGAAGAGGACCGUCGCGUGCAGGAACUUCAAUAUGCCGAUGCUUACAAGCGUGCGUUCAUGACGGUGAAGCACCAUGUGAUCAUGGACGUGGAUGGCAAGGUCGCGCCUAUGGAUUCGGAGAACGCCCCGUCCGAUAUGCAUGAGCUGAUCGGCCAGCGACUGCCUGAAGAACUUUACUUUUACCUCUCCAAGGGUGUCCUAGGUCCGGAAAUUCCUAACUAUCUGACAUCUGGCGAGGUCCAAAUCUCCCUUCCAUUGGGAGUUGAAGAUACCGAAAUAUAUCGCAAAACUGUUCUACCAGACCAAAGUGAUCAAUAUACGGACAUGGUUUGACGAAAAGUCGGACAAGUCCAUCACACUGAAGACUCUUCCUUCUGUCAAGGAAACCAUCCAGGCGUGGAAGGUCCGCAAUGACCAGCUGCCCGAGGGAGUAAAGACGCUACAGAGCACCUCCUCGCCGCUCAAGUUUGCUGUACAGAGCCUGCAAGAUCCCGAAUUCGGAGCCAAGUCUUUU